AGCUAUGCAAUUAUUAGCAAAUAAGGAGCUUAUAAACAGCAAAAUCUUGAUCAGUUCAAUGCCAGUUCAAGCUAGAUCAGUGGCAUCUACCUGAACAAGAGAAGAUUUCUAUUCAAUCAAGAGUGUCUUGAAAAUAUGGAGAUCGUCAAGGUGGCGAUUCUAGUCGCAAUGGCUGUGUUAGUUGCAGCACAAGAUAGCGCAAAGUUUGAGAAACAAAUUAAGACGUUGGAAGCAAAGCUUACAAGUGCAACGCGACAACUGAUGUUGCAGCAGUUUUUUACAGAAGAAACACGUCGAGCAGAUGGCAAUUCUGGAUUGAAGCAGCUUCGUUACUACAGACACGACGACGUCAAUUACAAUACACCUUCACAUGUAGGUAGGUCUGUCGCUGCCAUACACGACCAUGCAAACAAUGACAGAACAGUUGGAAUGGGAGAAUUCAUUGCAGUUUUAAAUGGAGUGGAAUUCAGGACACGUCACAACGACUACAGGCUGUACAUGCCACAUCGAAACAGCAGCACGUACGGUGCAACAGAGCCUAUCCCGUUUCCAGAAGUGCCACCUUCAGUUUUGAAAAAAACCACUUUGAAAGAACAGAUCGAUGAACUGCAUAAUUAUUUCAAAGCUUGGAGGGAUAGUGAUUAUUCAAAUUACGACUACAGAAAAUACUUCCAAGCUGUUCUUUGUUACUUGGAAGGAGCAUGGACUACAGCAGGUGGAAAAAUUGACGAACCAUUUGAAAGUGAUCGUCAUUUUAUCGAUGCUGCUAACUGGUUUGAUUUACAAGAACGAGUAAGAUACACUUCAUACACAGGGACAAAAAGUCGUCUGGAGAACUUGGCCUACCUCCCAACUACCGUAAUGGAAUUCGUGAAUGAAUCUAUACCGGUUUUCGCGCAGUGGAACUACCGUAUUGCUUGCCACCCAGUGUCACAUCAUGUUCCGCUGAGCCAUUUGGAGCUGGUUGAGGACAUGAAAACCAGGAUGUAUGCAAAACAGACACGAGAAAAGUACCAAAACUCAAGAAGUGCUCGCUUCAGGCUUAACAAAAGCAUUCCCGGAAAGCGAUCUGCUGAAGAAUUUUUGGACGUUUUGAUGGGGGAAAUUCCUGGCAAAAAUAACUAUCCAGGUGAAUUUUACGAAAAAACAUUAGACGGAACAAUGGUCACAGAUCUUCAGGGUAAGCCAAAAGACGUUUCCCGUUAUCACAGGAUAUUCAAAACGGUGGGAAAAGAUGCAAUGGGUCAGAGCCGUUACAUGCGAGGCUUCUCUGAUAACUACCUAUUUUCAGCAAAGACCAAUCAAUCUAAAGUUGCUGGAAUACAAAGAGAAGACAAAUCUAAAUGCACUGGGCGCGGAAAGGAUAGAAAAUGUCCGAUGGUUACGCAUCGAUACUCGUAUGCCAUUCCUCUUGAAAUGAUCUACCUCACUCCUUUGACAAGUUGGAAUUUUUACAAUCUAACUUACAGAGGAUCGGCAAGGGGUGCAGAAGGGAAAAAGGUUACUGAAGGCGGGCGAAAUGGAGAUUGUAAGGACCCAGCAAAGCAUUGGAAUGGGCUCAAUAGCAAAACGUACUACAUGACUCCAAAGGCAUUUUUCAGUGGUGAAGAACACGACACUGAUGCUGCAGACACAACCAGAGGUACAUCAUGCGUUUUGGACCCAGAUGGAAAAGUUAGACAGGUAGUUGCUUCAGGCACAAGGAUUAUGCUGCCAGAAAUCAAUGGUGUGGGGAAACUUCGUACAAGAUACCCAAUAUUCCCAGUUUACGGAGAAGGGUCACCCAUCUGGAAGGAACUUAAUGCAGUGAUUGAUUAUAUUAUGGACCCAGAAUCUCACCCAUACAUAAAGGAGGCAAAGGAUGGAGACAAUGGGGCAAAGAAUGAAACCAACAUAAUUUUGAAAACUGGUGGCUCAAGAGUAACCUCUACAACACUUCAUCACCACACUAUAACAUUAACAAGCAAAGAAGCAGAAGACAUGAAGAAAAGUGGAAAAACUAGAAUUUUCAAGACAACAUCACAUGCCAAUGGCCAUGAGCAUGACCUAAAAAUAUUUUGGAGUGCAAAGAAGAAGGAGUUCCUAUAUGAAACAUGUGACAAUAUGAAAAUAUGUUGGGACAAACAUGCAAAGAUGUUGGUGGAAGUAAAAGAAGAUUAAAUGCAUGCAGAUAUAACUGAGUAAGAAAGACUGGGUUAUUAAUUUUCUGGGUAAUGAUUUCAGCUAAUAACCUACAAAAGCUAUGUAAUACUAAUAAUACUAAGUUCCAAAUAAAAUUUCAUUUGAAAAAACAUUUCUGUCAUUACAUUAAAUUUCCUUUCAUCACUUAGCAAUAUCUAGAGGUCCAUUUAAACGUUUAAUUACAGUGA